CGAAGGAAGGAAGGAAAGAAAGAAAGAAAAGGGCUGUCUUUUUGCUAUGUCUCAAUCUCGGGAGUGCGCGUGUAACUGGUCUCGCAGGGACGAUUGCCGCCUCCGGUCCUGCCCAACCUCAGCCCAUCCUGAUCGUGGGGAGGGGGUUGUAGCGAAGGACUCCCCGGGUGAACCAACAGGAGAGCCCUCUCCUAAAAGACCAAGAGGAAGACCCAAAGGAAGCAAAAACAAGAGUCCCUCUAAAGCAGCUCAAAAGAAAGCAGAAGCCACUGGAGAAAAACGACCAAGAGGCCGGCCCAGGAAAUGGUUGUCUUCUGUAAAUGAGGACCUGGCAUCAGUGUUUGGCAUGAUCAGGUGCCUCUCAACUGCCAGAGCCACAACAGGUGGUCCAGAAGAAGCCAGCUCAGGAACAGACUGAAGAGACAUCCUCACAAGAAUCUGCAGAAGACGAUUAGAAGACCACGCCUUGCAAUUUCUACCUCAUCAGCAGUUGGGUCUUUUGAAGGGAGAAGACACUGCCUUGACCACUUGUUUUCUAUUGCCACAGUCUUUCCACUUUGGCCCGGGAGAGGGAGGGAAAUCACAUAACCUUUAAAAGGACUUAUUAAUCACCUUCAAUGUAAUCCCUUCACUGUCCCAGGUUUAGUGAAACUGCUGUAACACAGGGGGACACAGAAUAAUGAUGCAACAUUUAAUUACUAUUUUCUCUUAUUUUUCUUUAACGUACUAAUAGUUUGUUUGAGCUGCUAAGUAAGGGUGAAUGGGUCAGUAUAGCUUUGAACCAGGUUUUAAGUCAUUCACGGCACUGCAUAUAAAUAAGACUUUUGUAAAAUAUUAAUUAUAAUGGGCAUUCAAAUCGGAAGGCUUUGGUGUGUAACACCAGUCCUUACAACAGCUCUGACAACCCACUCCCUAGCUUAGUAAACUCCCUGUUUAGAACACCAAAGAUUAGGAUUAGAUACUACUCUUUUUAUAGUUUUGUUCUAGAUUUGUUAAAAAUAUUACUGUUAUUUCAAGAUAAGUUGAAGGCUGUUUCCUCCCCCACCCCCACUUAAUUCAGCUGAUAUUCAGGAAAAAAAAGCCACAAGAAAAAGGUACUUUCAUUUUGCAAAAGGGAAAAAUGACAAAGAUACAUUGUAUAUUACUAAUACACAUAUAUCUGCAGAAAUAGUAGAACUAAACAAACAAAACCCAACAGCACACCUCUCUAGGAAUACAUUUAUAUCUCCUCAGGUUGAAUAUGCUUUCUGGAGAGCCUCAUGUUGUUUAGAAAUGCCUCACAUCAGACCCUCUCUUAAGACAGAGAUUUAACAACUAACAUUUGGAUUCUUUCGUGAAUUUAAACCAAUACCUCAGAAUGAUUCUAAAUCAUUAUACUGGAAGCGAGGGAAAAGAUUCAAAUUCUUACUUUGACUUAAUCUAGUACUGCCAGUCCAAUUCCGUUAUUUCAGAGGGAAUGGAUAUCUUUUCUUCACACACAUAUCUCAGUGCAAGAGCCAAUAUCAUGUACCUCAAGUGAGCUUGUGUAUUACCUUCAAGCAAUAUACCUUGACAUAGGAUGGUUUGCUGGGCAGAUUUACCCCAGUGACAUGCCUUCAUCUUUUUUACUCAAGGCAGCACUUUUAACAACAAAUGCAAUAUUACCCCAUUUUUCAAUACUACCUCUGAUACUUACAGUUAACUCAACCGUCAAACAUUUGCUGCUAUAAUCAUACAAUGCAGGAUAUUAUUAUUGGGUAGGUAAUCAUCAGUUUCUGCAUUUUCCCCUUAUUUCUACUUUUGUUACCUAAUUGCAGUUAAGGAGGCAAUACCUUUAGUGUUUUCCAACUUAACCAUGUAUUUUUCUUUUUUAUGUACUAUGCCUUUUCUCUGCUAAAUUUCUAUGUAAUGUACCAUUAACUUGAAUAUAUUUUUGUACCGUGUUGCUCAUAAGGUUUGUAAGGAUAAGUUUCUUCAAUGACACUACAUGACAGAAAAAUAAUUAUCUGCAAUGUUUAAACAUUACUGUCCAAGUUUGUACCUCAAAUGAAUUUUUUAAAGAAAUGGACUAGUUGAUUGACAAAGACCUACCUCCAGACUAUAAAUGGAAUGAACUUGUUGUUUCUUUCAGCAUUAGUUUUUGAGAAGAUUGAAACAUUUAGGACUGCAACAAAUCCCUAAUCAAAACUAUUUUUGUAAAAAAACAAAACUUUGUGGGAAAUGAACACAGUUUGCUUACUUUCAUGUUAAAAACAACCCUUCAAAGAAACUUGAAUCUUUGUAGGUGGGGGGGCAACAAGCUCAGCUUUUUGCAUAAUGCAAUCACAAAUAUGUGUGUGUGUGUUUAAAAAAACUAGUAGAUUGUACGAGAAUACUUGUCAAGUAUUUUCAUAUAUUUUUUCACAAAUGUGAUUUUUUUUUUUUUUUUGGUAAUAUGUGUCAACCAGAUUUAUUUUAAAUGCAUCUUAUGUAGAGUUUGUUUAAUACUUCUGUCUUUUCUCUCUCUUUCUCUCUCUCUCUCUGUCUCACACACAGCCAAUAUGCCUACUCAUUAACAUUGUUUUAUUAUUUGGGCCAGGGGCAGUUUCUCAGGAAGGCUUUUUUCAGUAUGACUAUAGUACUUAGCCAAAUGCAACUAAGGAAAACUACUUACUGGCUGCUUCUCAAGAGAAAAUAUUAAGACACAAGCAUCUCCUCGAGGGGGGGCGGGAAGAGUACAGCUUACUGUGGAUCACUAAAAAGGAGCAUAUAGGAGAAAUAGAACAUAGGCAUCCUAAUGUUACUAAAUGUUUGAAUAACUGUACAAUAGCUCUUUAAGGGCUUUACUCCUGUUCAUUCAAGCCAUUUGCUGGGAUCCAAAGCACAGCAAGUAGUGUUCUGCUUUUGCACAGGGUCUUUUCACCUCUUCCUUCCAGUGGCAGACUCCCCAGCAUCACCAAGGUUGUAAGGCCCUCUGGAGCAGCAGCCUGUGUCGUGUGAGAGGAUACCACUGGAAGAGGUGUCUAGCUGACAAAUAGGGACAUUGAGUCAGGGUUCCAAGAUGCAUCAUUUGCACUCCAAAGCCCCAUAGUCCCAAUGUGCAUACAAACUCUGUGCAGGAGGGCAGCCAUGCUGUUUUCUUCAGUUUUAGGAACUGUGCUGAAAACACAAGGGGGAAUCCCCAUUGUGUGCAUCGAAUAUUCCCUGACUCACUGAAGAAAAGUAGGUAGCCACUGUUUGUAUGGAGCUCCAUGUGUGCAUCAGGGUACCCCUAUUUGGAGCUGCUGGAUCAGCAUGACAGCAAACAUGAGCUGAAACAGAAGUUAUCGAUGCAUGAGGGUCACACAUCAAACUUGAAGGGACUUACAGGUCUGAUCAAACUAAACCUUAUAUUUCUGUAUAUUGUAGAACAAUCAAAACACAUUACUACCUCUCAGGGUCUUCUUUACCUCAUUUUUCAGACUGAAAGAAAAACUGCUUGUGGCCACUGAAACAGAAAGAACAUCAUAAAAUUUUUUAUAUAUAUAGUUUAUUUUUGUGGGAGAUAAAUUUUAUAGGACUGUUCUUUGCUGCCAUUGGUCACUGCUAAAUAAGACUGGACAUGAACUUUUCUGCCGUUUCUGCAAGUUAUAUAUGCUUACAGAAGAAAUGCAUCAAGAUAUAUAAUUACAGUUUACUUUUCUCCUGUUUUCCUUGCCUGUCUCCUAACUCUGUGCUUUGUUAUUCAUAUAGAGUUGCUGUCUAUGAUUGUACUUUGAAUUGCUUGCUUGUUGAACAUGUUCCUUUAAUGGAUUAUCACCGUCUGUUCGGCACAAUAAACAUAAUAGCCUCUGUGAUCCCCAUGUUAUUUGAUUCCUAGAGUUUUGUCACAGCUCCAUGAAAUAAGCAAUAAAGUUU